AUGGCUUCUGUGCGCAUCUGCGUUUGCGGUGAUGAGGGCACCGGCAAGUCCAGCCUCAUUGCGUCGCUCGUCAAGGAUGUCUUCAUCUCCAAUAAGAUCCAAUCCGUCCUCCCCUCCAUCACGAUCCCUCCACAGCUGGGCACCCCCGAGAACGUAACGACCACUAUUGUCGACACCUCUGCCCGCCCUCAGGACCGAACAACCCUCAGGAAAGAGAUACGAAAAUGCAACGUCAUCCUCCUCGUCUACUCAGACCACUACAGCUAUGAGCGCGUCGCCCUGUUCUGGAUGCCUUACUUCCGCUCCCUCGGUGUCAAUGUUCCAGUCGUGCUCUGUGCGAAUAAAUCCGACCUGACGGGCGAAGGAAACACGCCGCAGGUGGUCGAAGGCGAGAUGCUUCCUGUCAUGUCCGAGUUCCGCGAGAUCGAUUCGUGCAUCCGCUCGAGCGCGAGGGAGCACCGCAACGUCAACGAAGUUUUCUUCCUAUGCCAAAAGGCCGUCACCCACCCCAUCGCCCCGCUGUUCGAUUACAAGGAGGGGAAUUUGAAGCCGGCUUGUGUCGACGCCCUCAAACGCAUUUUCUACCUGUGCGAUAAGGACCAAGACGGGUGGCUCAAUGAUCAAGAGAUGCACAACUUCCAGUCCAAGUGCUUCGACAAGCCCCUAACUCCCGAAGAUCUCGAGAACAUUAAGUUGUCGAUCGGCAAGUCUGUCCCGCACUUAUCGACCGAGAAGGGUAUCGACCAGAGCGGGUUCUUGCAACUCAACAAACUCUACGCGGAGAAGGGUCGGCACGAGACGAUAUGGAUCAUACUGCGCAAGUUCCGCUACACAGACAGCUUGAGCUUGGAAGACAGCUUCUUGCGACCCAAGUUUGAUGUACCCGAGUAUUCAUCAGCAGAACUGAGCCCGGCUGGCUAUCGCUUCUUCGUCGAUUUGUUCUUGCUAUUCGACAAGGACAACGAUGGAGGUCUCAACGACAAAGAGCUAGAGGCCCUCUUCGCGCCGACGCCAGGACUUCCUGCCUCCUGGAUCGAAACAUCCUUCCCAUCGUCGACCGUACGCAACGAGGCCGGGCACGUCACACUGCAAGGAUGGCUCGCUCAAUGGAGCAUGACCACCUUUAUGGAGCCCAAGACCACGCUCGAGUAUCUGGCGUACCUUGGCUUCGAACCUGCAACCGCCAGGGAAACCACGACAGCUGCUCUGAAGGUGACCAAGUCGCGCAAGCGCAGGAGACGCCCAGGCAAGGUAGAACGCAAUGUCGUGCUAUGUUACGUCUUGGGUGCUUCAGGGGCUGGCAAAUCUUCAUUGCUGGACGCCUUCCUGAAUAGGCCGUUCGACACUCUCCACCGACCGACGAUCAAGCCGCGCCGAGCCGUCAACAGCGUAGAGCUUCCUGGCGGCAAGCAGUGCUACAUGAUUAUGGAAGAGCUGGGUGAGCUCGAGCCCGCCAUCUUGGAGAAUCAGGCUAAGCUCGACGCUUGCGACCUUAUUUGCUAUACGUACGAUUCCUCGGAUCCUGACUCCUUCUCUCACAUCGUCGACCUGCGCAAGCGCUACCCGCAACUGGACGACCUUCCCAACAUCUACACAGCUCUGAAGGCGGACAAGGACAAGACAACGCAGCGCAGCGAGACGCAGCCAGACACGUACACGUCAAGCCUCAUGAUGAGCACGCCCCUUCACGUCACAGUAAAGUGGUCCAGUAUCAGCGAGCUGUUCAUUGCCCUUGCCGAGGCGGCGACGAAUCCCAGCACCGCUUUCCCUCGGAGCGAAGAGGAGCCCCCAGACCGUACAAGCCUCUAUCUCGCCCUGGGCGCGACGGCCUGCGCUGGAGUUGCGGCUUUCAUGAUCUGGCGACGAUCAACGACGUCCGCUUAG